CCACUACCGAAAAAGACUCGGCCGCACUUUUCCUACCCCUCGAGGAGACGGCGCCUGUCGAAAAAAGUUCGAGCCAAAUCAGUCCACAAAUACAUAAUAAGAGCAUUUCACUUGAAACAUAUCAAUUUGAAUAAGCAAACAUGCAGACUUUCAAAUACGUUUUGUCGUACGCGUUUAUUAAGAAAGUGGCGUCAUCUGUUAGACCUGAUUGCGCAUCAAUAGCAUGAAAGCUACAAACGUCCUGGAUUAUUGAUUUUUAAAGUCGUAAUCGUACUCCUUUUUCUAGAAAAUACAUUGCAGGAGGGAAACCGUUCGUGUCCACUCAAAAUAAUGAGUGAAGAAGUAAAAAACGAUCACUUAGAUUUUAAAAAAAUUUGUAGAAUUUGCCUUCAGUCUUCUACAAAAAUGCAGUACUUAUUUGAAUUUAAUGCUAAAGCUACACAAUUGAUGGAUGAAUUAACCAAUAUUAAAGCCACUGAAAAUGAUGGUCUUCCGACCAAUUUAUGUGAUCCCUGCGCAACAAUUCUACAGCAGUCAGUCGAUUUUAAACGAAAAAUUCAAGAAUCACAUAAAAUACUAGAACGAUGUUUAUUAAACAAUUUAGUGCAAAGACAAGAACCAAGAGCCCCAAAAGUUAUAAAUUCUGAAAUGCAACUUGCCUUAACAGAAUUGAAAAACUCUACUCCGGCUACUUUUAUUACUCAGAAAAAUUUAUGCAAGUGCCACAUUUGCGAAAAACAUUUUACAUGUAAAGGACAAUUAACCAGGCACCUUAAAACGCAUACAGGUAUUCGCAGUCACUCUUGUAAAAUUUGUGGCAAAUCGUAUGUGGAAUCAGGGUCACUUCGUAAACACUUUUUAGCGAAGCACUCUGAUCGAAAGAAACCUCACAAUUGUCCAGAAUGUAAUCAAGGAUUCGAUCUCCGCUCCACGUUAAUCAGACACCAAAGAAUACACACGGGUGAGAAACCAUUUGGGUGUGAAAUUUGUCGCAAAUUUUACCCCUCCAAAUCCUACUUGAAUAAACAUAAAAAGAUUCACUUUGCUACAAGGGACAAAUUAUUUAUAUGCGAAAUAUGUAGUAAGUCAUUUUCGUUAAAAGACGGAUUAAAAGCCCACUUAAUCACACACUCCAGUGAGAGAGCACACAAAUGUAGCCUGUGUGACAGAUCGUUCGCAAUGAAAGCGUCUUUAGUUUCGCAUAUCAAAUACAUUCACACAAAAGAAAAAGAUUUCAUGUGCCAGGUUUGUGCCAAAACUUUUGUUACACGAUGCGAACUGAAUGAGCACAUACGAAGGCACACUGGUGAAAAAAAAGAACCCAAGCACAUUUGUAUGAUGUGCAAUAAGAAGCUAUCAUCUGCCACACAUUUGAAGUUUCACCUCCGAUCGGAGCAUACCGGAGAGAGGCCGUAUUGUUGUAAAUUUUGUACAAAGUCGUUUAUAACAGCUCAAGCGUUAAAAAUUCAUACCCGUUACCACACAGGCGAAAGGCCAUACACGUGCAAUUUCUGUUCCAAAAGCUUCGUUACCAAUGAAAGUUUAAAAGUACACGAGAGAAUCCACACAGGCGAAAAACCAUUCACAUGUACAAUUUGCAAUUCCUCGUUUAGCCAAAGCAGUACCCUAAAAACCCAUCUGAAAACUCACGUGUGAUUUGAUCAUAUAAUAUAUUAAUUGUACAACAACA